UGAUAAUGAUAACCUCGAAUUUUUGUUUGCUUCCCUUUUUUCGUCUCGAAACUAAGUUUGGCCCCAGGUGAACAACAGCCUUGAACGAGAUUUUAUUUCUAUGGCUCGACCUUCAAGUCCAGCGUGACCACACUUCAAGGCCCGCGCAUAUAGUUCCACAGAUGGACUGGCCACAUCAUCUAAGCCUGGAAGCUUUCCACGGCUUGGAUGCCUUCCACAUGAACAGUCAUGAUGAAGCAAACUCUAAGCUAAAUUCGUCAAGUGAACCCUAAAAGGUAAAGACUGAUACUUAAACGAUGGGCGCAUCAAUUUCUCCAGACCGGUUCCCUGGUCCCUCGCCAACCCUCGCCAUCAACAACACCACUCACGAGAAAACUUUCGCGACAGCAUGGAGACAAAACGGACUGGCUGGUGGUCCUGCCCCCAGGAAAUUCAGGAUAUGAUCCUCAACGAGGUUUCCAGGGACAGAAACAGCUCCAUCGCUCAUUGUGCCGCUGUUUGUAGGAGCUGGCAACAAGUCAUCGAGAAGAAAACUUUCGCCCGACUGACAGUUACCUUGAAGAGAUUGGGCGACUUCAGUAACAUGACCAAAGAGCGACGGCAUCUUAUCAAAAACGUCUGGCUUUCCAUUGACUGCGCAGCAGUUGGCCGGCCUACAGACUUUGCGCUCUACAAGACUAUCAGCUCCCUGCUCCUGGAGCUUAGCAAAUGGGAAGCUCGUGGGGAGUUUCACCUCGAGAUCAGUGUUCGCUGGGCAGCAGACUCGCACCAGUGCUUUCAGUAUCUCCAGACUGGCUCGGAUUCCCACCAUAGGGAAGAGCCGGACCGUACAAUUUCUCCCGCCGAUCACAGCGAACCAGCUCGACGUCUUCAUUCCCACUGUUUAAUGCAUCUAUUUGCGCGGCUAUAUCAUGCUUCGAUCCGUUGUCUCUUUCCCGCAGACUUCCCUUCAGUACCAGCUGUCACUAGCCUCCUAGUGCGUCGGCAGACGAAAUGCGAAUGGAUUAGCAGGGAAGGCUUCAAUCGCCUUCUUGAUCUGCUUCCUAAUCUGCAGCAGAUUCACUAUGAGCCUUGGAGAUCCCUGGAAGACAGGAAUUCAGUUCUCAACACUCGCAUCACAGUAGAACGACUGCACAGAGCUACCUUCUGCCACAAUCUAGCCAAAGUCGUGGUUUUCGGUGACUUCAACGAAGACUUCGAUGAGUGCUGGCGUGCGGAUAGGCGAUGGCACCGCGUACCUAUAUCGUCAAGUCGGACAAACCCUCGCAUGGCAUCACCAGAGAUCGGACAGGCUUUUGCCCAAAUCUCUCGCCCCCUCGUCCAUCUUUCAUUGUCAUUUGCAGCAGAUGCAAGUGACUUCUUCGAAACCUGUCAGCGCAGCUGA